UUGUGAUAAUUUACUGAUAACAGACACCGUUGUCUUGUCGGAAAAUUAAAAUCAAAACGAUUUGACGAUGAUUGAAUAACGGCGACGACGCAUCGCGCAUCGCUUUUGUCAAGAACGCUGUAACGAAUUGUUAUUUCAUUGGUUUUAUCUCAAGUUCUCAAUCGUGGUUUGGGCGGGCAACGUAUUCGAGCGUUAGAUACUUGGCACCGUUUCCUAUCCUACACGCCAUGUCCAAGUCGUCCGGUUCCAACGACUUGCGCACCGAGCUGGCCGAGCUCGUCAAACGCAAAUCAGAUAUCGCUGAAACUUUGGCCAAUCUUGAACGUCAAAUUUAUGCAUUUGAAGGAAGUUACUUAGAAGAUACUCAUUUAUACGGUAAUAUCAUUCGUGGUUGGGACAGAUAUCUUACAUCAGCUAAUAAACUUCCUAAUUCAAAAAAUGAGCCGCGUAACAGGAAAUUUAAAGAAGCUGAGCGUCUUUUUUCCAAAUCUUCCAUUACUUCUAUGGCUGCUGUGAGUGGUUUAGUAGAAGCUCAAGAAAAAGCUGAAAUUAACAGUGAAACUGAGUCACAAACAGGAAAUAGUGGUAGUGAAGAUAAUAUGACCAAAGAAAGUGGAAAAUCUAAUAGUUUGACAAAUGGUCCAACCACUCCCAGAAAUCCAUUAGCCUCUGCCAAACGAGCUUCUAGUACAAAAAAAGUUAAGAAUCGAUGAUCUUCGUUCAACAAACUCAAUAGAGUUUUAAAACAGUUCCAGCGACCGCAAUGAGAACUUAAUGUUAUGUUAAUAUUGUUUAAUUAACAACAUUUUUGUAAAUUUGUUAUAAAUACUGUAAUCUAGAGCUUAGAAUUAUUUAUUAUUGUACGAAGAUAAUUUUAAUUGUAUAUUAUUGUACAGUUAUAUAACACUAAAACAAAAUGGUACAUUUUUUAACAUAACAAAUUUAAUAACCUUUUUUAUUUAUAAAUGUAUAGUUUAUAUAUCAAUUAACAUUAAUUCUAAGACAUUUAUUAAUUAUUAAGUUACAAAAUAUUUAACACAUUAUUGAU